AUGGUAAUAUUAAUGAUAAAAGAUUAUGUCCUUUAAAUGAAGUUAUUUGGAUGGCUGGAAGUUUAUUAUAAAAUUAUAAAUAAAUAGAUUAUUUUAGAAGAAUUUUCAUUUUUACAUAAGAAGAUAAUCCACAUUAAACUGGUUCUUCAGAAAGAUAAAAAUGUAUUCAUUAAUCUUAAUAAUUAGCUUAGUUGGAAAUAUAACUGGAACUUUUUCCUUUAAAACAUAGUUCAGGAAAAGUUUUUAAUAUUAAGAAUUUUUAUGAAAAUAUAAUAAAUUUAGAUGAGGAUGAAAUUAAUCAAUUUUAAAUUGAUACUUCUUAAAAAAUAUUAGACUUAUAAACUAGACUUAGAUAUAAAAUGUUUAAGAAAAGGAUCAACAUAAAUGUUUGAUGCUUUAAUUAAAUAAAUGAAUAUAUAAAAAUAAAUUGCUGUUACUAAAAUAAUUGUUAGAAAAGGUUCUUAAUUAAGAUUUGCAGUUCUUUUACCUUAAGAAGAAGAAUAUAAUUACAAUGAUCAUACACAAACUCCUCCUGGAUUUCAUUUAAUAUUUUUACCUUAUGGAGAUGAGAUUAAUAAAAUACCUACUUUAAAAUAAAGAAAAAAAAAUUUAGUUUCUAUAGAAAUGUUGAAAGUGACUUAAUUAUUAAUUAAUGGAUUAGAAAUAAAAGAUUUUGAUUUAAGAAAUUUCGAAGAUCCAUAAUUGUAGAAAUUUUAUUCACAUUUAUAGGCUCAUGCUUUGGAAGAGGCUGAACCUGAAUAAAUAGAUGAUUUAUUGUAACCAGAUAGUUAGAAAUUAGAAACUUAUUCAGAAAUGAUUAAUUUGUUUAAAGAUUGCUUAUAAAUAGAAAGCGAAACUGAAAACAAUUAAUAUUUAAAACAAUAAAAGAAAAGAAAUAAUAAAAAUGUUUUUUCUGAAACUUCGGAAAGUGUUUAAAUUAUAAAUUAGUCAAAUACUAGUACAUGUGAUAUAUAAGAAAAUUAGAAUAAUGCUUAAAAAUAAAAUUGUUAAUAAAAAUAUAAUUCUAAACAAAUAAAUGAAGAUAAUGUAAUUUUAAUAGACGAUAUAAGAUGUAACAGAUGA